AUGAGCACGACUGUAAGUUAAUAUAUUUUAUUGCAGUAUUCGUUAUGUAAAACGUAUUUUACUACUAAAAGCUUGUUUUUAAGCGGCUAUUUUAACGUUUUUCACAAUUUGAUUAACCGCUUCUAUGUCUUUCGUUGAUUUUUAAUCAAUUCUUUCGCUUUUGACGUCAAUUUCCGGUAGGAAAACGUCCUUUUAUCUCACACUAUUAACUGUUUUCUAAACUACUGUACCUUAAUUUUGCAUACCAUACUUCUCGCUAUUAUAGCUGAACCUAUUCUGCCUUACUCUACCCUACUUUACUUUUUCCUACCCUACCCUAACCUAGCCUACCCUACCCUAACUUACGUUCCCCUACCGUACAAUACAAUAAUACUGUAAAGCCUAGCCCAUUCUUUCACUCUCUACAGUACCUUGCAUUACUUUAAUUUAACCAAGCACUUGCCGUACCUCAGUCCUAACACACAUUCAUCUUAGACUUAUCGUAAUACAUUCGUAACCUACUCUACUUUGCAUUACACUACACUACCGUACCUUAAUUUACCUUAACUUACCCUAUCCUGUCAUACCUUACCUUAACAUACAUUGCAUUACCUUACUGUACGUUUUCAUACAUUACUCUACUAUACCCUCUCUUACAUUGCUCAACAUACCUUGCCUUAGUUUAACCUAGCCCUACCCAACCCUAACUUAUCGUACCUUAUUUCUCCCACAAAUCUAUAUUUACCCGACCUUAGCACUGCAGUACUAGAACCAUCUCUACAUCGUACUUCAACCAAACUACAAAGAAAACCAAUUACCGUAUUUAUAAUUAUAUUCUCCUGUCAUUUACAAUCCAUCAACGGAAAAAAUCCUUCCUGACUAUUGUUUACUUCCUUAAUGUCACAAAAGUCUACGGAUAUCUCCAUAAUCUGUCUAAACAUCCAGAUAGAAAUACGGAAACUGACAUGUUUAGCCAGAUUCCGGAACAAGAUUUGAAGCUUUAACUGACAUGUUUUGGUAGAUUAUCUUGGCUUGUAGCUAUUGCAUUGCCAUCAGGCUUGGACACAAAGCAGAGCAUAUAAAGUUUUUCGUGCCCUGCCCGGUAAAAUUAUCUAAAUUCCCUGCCCUGCCCAAUACAAAGAGCAUCAGUUCCGUACCCUGCCCGGUAAAAGCAUUUAACUUCCGGGUCCUGCCCGAUAAAGGCAUUUCAAUUCCGUCCCCUGCCCGGUAAAGGCCUUUCAGUUCCAUGCCCUGCCCGGUAAAGGCAUUUCAGUUCCGUACCCUGCCCGGUAAAGGCAUUUCAUUUCUGUGCUAUGCCCUGUGUCCAACCGUGAUUGCCAUUCCUAGGGUCCUAGCUACCAUUUUUAGGGUUUUUUACGUAGAGAGGGGAGGGGGUGGAAGGGUAGGAUGCAUCUAUCAAUGUUCACCUUUCCCCCCUCCCCUCCCCCCUAGAUAAUCCCCUUGCCAUAUCUAUGCCAAUCCCCUUACUAUUUCUAUGCCAAUCCCUUGCCAUACCUAUGUCAAUCCCCGUACCAUACCUAUGCCAUAUCAUUAUCAACUCUCUAAUAGCUUAUCGUUCCAUCAUUUCAGAGUCCGGACGACAAUGAGAACGACAAACAUAUCUUCCAACUGGGGAUUUGUUUCCUGGUGGGCUGGAUGCUGGUCAUAAUUCUAUGUGCAUCGCCUCAGGUCAGUUUUUUUCUAGAGAUUAGCCCCAACUUUUGGGGAGAACAUAAAUCAAAAUGAUCGAUGAACUUACGUCAUUUUCGAUGUUUCGUUGCCUCGCUUUGCCACGUUGGUUCAUUGGUUUUGGAGGUAUAGCGGAGAAGGGGAUUUGGCUAAAAGCAAAUAUUUUUAAUUAGUCCAAACAAAAAAGAAGGCAUCGUAUUUUACAUAAAAUAGCACGAAAUUUCAAAAAAAAAUCAUUAUUUAAAUAAAAAAAAAUUUUUUUUUCAAAAUAUUUUAAAAAUUAUAUAUUGGUCAAUCCUACCCUAAUUUACCCCGCUCUGCCUUAUGUUAUGCAUUACCUCAGUCUAAAAUACUCUGCCCUACCUUACCUUGCCUUACUCUUCACUAGACAUGAGGAACGACCCGGGUCUAACAUUCAAGCUUGGCCCGAGUUGACUUUUUUCAGGGCCGGCCCGUUCCCCAUGUCCAGUCUUCACAACCCUUCUCUACCCUACCCCUACCCUACCCUACCUUUCUCUACCAUGCCCAACAUUACCCUACCAAAACUUGCCAUAGCCUUCUCUACGCUCGCCCUGCUCUAAAUUAUCAAAAAUAAUAAAAAUCUACCCCCUAACUACCCCUUUAAAAAAUAAACAACCGCCAAAAUGUUUUUAAGUUAUUCCGAAACCUAAUCCUGAAAUACGUGCUAUGUUGGUGCUAUCAGCCGGCUGACAAAACCAACCCUGAGACCUUGGAAGAGGGCUUGGAGACCUUCAUCGCUGUACCUAUGGCCGAGAAGCCGUCCAUGAUACUACUACAACAGGUUAUGGGUAUCAAAGGGCUUGAGGCCAUUUCGCAGGUGAAACGACCGCCUACCAUCGAGAUUAUUCCUGAGGUAGGGCUUUUUAUAUCAGGGUAAGGUAUAGUUAAUAUUUUAGGGUAGACUAAGGGUAGGGGUUGAAAUAGAAUUACGGUAGGGUAAUGAUGAGUUAUGGUAGAGUAAAGUAAAGUACAAGAGUAAGUGUAGGGGUAGGAAUAGAAGCCGUGUUAGAGAUAAGGGUAGGGGUAGGGGUAGGGGUAGGAGUAGGAGUAGGGGGUAGGGGUAGGGGGUAGGGGUAGGGGUAGGGGGUAGGGGUAGGGGUAGGGGUAGGGGUAGGGGUAGGGGUAGGGGUAGGGGUAGGGGUAGGGGUAGGGGUAGGGGGUAGGGGUAGGGGUAGGGGGUAGGGGUAGGGGUAGGGGUAGGGGUAGGGGUAGGGGUAGGGGUAGGGGUAGGGGUAGGGGUAGGGGUAAAGGUAGGGGUAGGAUAGGGGUAGGGUUAAAGGUAGGGGUAGGAUAGGGGUAGGAGUAGGGGUAGGGGUAGGGGUAGGAUAGGGGUACGGGUAGGGUUAAAGGUACGGGUAGGGGGUAAAGGUAGGGGUAGGAUAGGGGUAGGGGUAGGGUUAAAGGUAGGGGUAGGAUAGGGGUAGGAGUAGGGGUAGGGGUAGGGGUAGGGGUAGGGGUAGGGGUAGGGGUAGGGGUAGGGGUAGGGGUAGGAUAGGGGUACGGGUAGGGUUAAAGGUAGGGGUAGGAUAGGGGUAGGGGUAAAAAUAAGGGCAGGGUUAUGAUUAAGGGUAGGCUUUUAAAAUACGAAACGCCAACUUAUUCAAUUACCUAAUUUCAGGAAAACGUAGGCCAAAGUCAAGACGCCUUCGAUAUAGCGCCGGCUGAUGUCGUAUAG